AUGGUCACCUUCAACAGUAACCAAGCGAAGGAGGUCGGAACGAACCAUACGGUGGGCACGUGGUAUCACAGGAAGCCAACCUUUUUCCAGAUGCAGUACUGGGCGCCUUAUUUCUCGCCGCCGGACAAUCGUGACCUACGUGUGGCCUCCAUGCCGUCCGUGACUCCGGAAGUGCUGACUGCAGCCCGGUUCCAAGAUCUCGGGCGAGCCGCCCAUCAAUACUGUCUUCGUAUCAUGGAUCGAACAGAGGACCUGAGGAAGACCGGCAAAGACACGGUAAAUUCUCGUUGCCGGCGGGCGCUACGGCAGAUGACACUCCUCGCGGGGCCGACUUGGGGCAGUGGUGGAAACCGGUUCACACAGAGAUCUGAUCCGUUACAGUUGCAGCGGAUCAGAGGCGCUGUUCGGCCGCUGUCUACGACUGCCGAGAGAACUGUUCAGGACAAUCUGGUCACACGGGAUGGUCCAGUGGAAAGGGAACUGGAGAGGAUGAGAGUGUUGCUGGCACGAUGA